ACUCUUCCUUAUGAGAAAGUACUCAUGCCGACGCAUAUAAGUGCAGUAUGCAGGUUCGCAGAAUUCUCCGUUCCACUUGUGUUCAGCACUUACAUGCAUCUUCUUGAGUACAGGCUGCUUGAGAAGAUCGCUCACUGGUAUAACUGGUUUUCUGCUGAUAGGAGCACCGGCCCGGGGUUUCAGCUGAGAUGUUUCCAAUACACCAACAUCCGGAAAAGACCGCAGUUUAAUCUCACGAGAUGCACAGGGACAGAAAAUCGAUGGAUGAAGCAAUGCUAAAUAUGGAAACGAAGGCCGAUGUGGACAGACAACAAAAAAAGGUCCGAUUUAGAGUAGCUUCAUCUUACAGCGGAAGGGUGUUGAAGGAAGUGUACACUGAUGGCGACUCCUUGGAUUCUGAAUGUGCCAGCAGCUCUGAGACCGACCAGAACAGCGUCCCAAGUGAGAGUGAUGGGGCUCAAAAUGGCUUCCCGGGAUCAGAGUUUGACGAAAGUGAAAAUGAACCCGAUGAAUUGCUAGUCCUAGCCAGAGCUACCAAAGAUAGGGGAUUUGCAACAAAAAGAGUGAACAUUCUCAGUAAAAAUGGAACUGUCCGGGGAGUCAAACAUAAAGUCAGUGCAGGCCAAGCCUUGUUUGACAAUUUAUCAAAAGUAUUCCAGUCCUCCACAACACUUGAAUUUGGGCGAAUAGUCAUAUACACCACAAGUCUGCGCGUUGUGCGAAACACUUUCGAAAGGUGUGAAAUGGUGAGAAAAAUCUUCCAAAACCACAUAGUAAAAUUUGAGGAAAAGAAUAUUGCUCUGAAUAGCGACUUUGGCAAAGAACUUGAUGAGCGGUGCCGAAGAGUCUCUGAAGUCCCUUCAUUACCUGUGGUGUUUAUUGAUGGCCAUUAUCUUGGGGGUGCUGAAAAAAUACUAGCGAUGAAUGAAUCAGGAGAGUUGCAAGACCUGCUAAUGAAGAUAGAGAGAGUUCAGCAUCCGCACGCCUGUGCCUUCUGUGGAGGGUUUGGCUUCCUUCCUUGUUUAGUGUGCCAUGGCAGCAAGAUGUCAGUGUUCCGAAACUGCUUCACGGACUCAUUUAAAGCACUGAAGUGCACUGCCUGCAAUGAAAAUGGAUUACAACGCUGUAAAAACUGCGCUGGAUAAUUCACACACAAUAAGCCGUUUGCUUAACCUCAUUUUGCAAUAUAAUUUCAUACAUGAUUUUUUUUAUAUAUAUAUAAAAAAUGACAUUAACAUCAAUAAAAUGUAUU